AUGCGUCUCCGGAGUGCGCCGGGGCCUGGCGCGCUUCACUGCGAGGCCCUGCGCCAACUGCCCCUCGCCGCCCGCAAGGAACUCGCGGCCGCGUUCAACGGGAGCAUCGGCGACGGUGGCGUUCCGGCUUCCUGGGAAGUGGGCAUUGCAAUUGUCCCGCUCCUCAAGCCUGGGAAGCCGGGCAAAUGUUUCCCGCCUCGCUUCGGCCCGUCGCCCUCACCAGCUGCUCGCGCAAGCUCGUGGAAAGAAUUGUGGCACGAUGCACCCGCGGCACAGUUGAAGCCCAAGUACUUUUCCCUAGCAAGCUGGUUUUCGCCCUGCUCGCUCCACGUUGGAUCCGUUAGCUCGCCUGUUUGCUCGGACCAUUUCACCGUGGCAAGCGGGGGAAGGUCGGUGCGGUGCUAG